AUGCAAGUGCUGGCGAGGCAGCUGAAUUUCUCAUUGUCCUGGAAGAAUGCCCCCGGGCAGUGGGGCUUUGCUCGACCACUCGGAAACAGCACCGGCCUGAUGAAGAUGGCCCAGGAAGAGGAGGUUGACUUUGCCAUUGGAUGUCUAGCCAUGGAUCCGGAUCGGUACCGAUACCUCAAGGCCGGUGCUUCGCACUACACCAGUAAGAUCCUGUUUGCGGUUCCACAUGGACGCUCGUACACGGCAUUUGAGAAACUAUUUGGUCCCUUUGAGCGAUCGCUUCUGGAGAUGCAUGCCUUUGUGGUCAUUGUGGCGUGCGUGGUAGUUCUGAUUUUAAGCUUCGCUAAUCGCAAGACUCGAGCGUUUGUCUACGGCCGAGGUGUUUCAACGCCCCUGUUAAACGCCAUAGCACUACUCUUCGGGGGCUCUGUUCCACGACCUCCGGUCAGGAACUUUGCCCGAACCCUCCUGUUUCUAUGGCUCGUCUAUUGCUUCAUAAUAGGAAGUCUCUACCAAGGAUCGCUAUUCCACUACCUCCAGAAGCCCAUGCACUACCCACCGCUGAAGACGAUGCGAGAAAUCGACCGCUCCGGCUUGUACUACUACAUGGUCGAUAUCGGAACUCGGUUCUUCGUACACAACCCCAGCAUUGUUCGGCGGACCAGAAUCAUCGCCCCCGGAAAGGACAGCUUGGGUCACGCGAUUGCCCAGAUAGGCCUUACCCGCCUGACCGAUGGAGUCAUCCUGAGUCCGAUGGAUCUGGUGGCGUACAACAACCGGGUCAACCCCAGAACGCGCUUCGUCCACAUCGCACGGGAGCACGUUUCGGUGUUUCCGGUGGGCCUGUACUACCCGAAGCGGUCGCCACUGCGGGAUGUGUUCGACGAACAGGUCCGAAUGAUUGUCCCAUCCGGACUGGUGGGCGACUGGAUCAAACGGUACGGUGAUUAUGACUUUUUCGCACGGCCAAAGGAGAAAUCCGACCCGCGGAAGUUGAGCAAUGAGCAUUUGGCCGGGGCAUACCAGCUGUAUGGGUGCUGUUUGUGGGUCAGUGUGGUGGUGUUUUUACUGGAAAUGGUUUCACCGAGGUUUCCUGCAUUGCGGGUUGUGUUGCGGCAUCUGAUUGAUUGA